AUGGAAAGGUCCAUCCAACUCCUGGCCUGCUUGGCAUGUGUCCUCCAGAUGGGCUCGCUUGUGAGAACUACGAGAGAUGCUCUGGGGGAUUUGCUCGACACAGAGGUGCACAGUGCGCCGGAGCAGCGCUGGUCCAUGCAGGUGCCAGCGGAGGUGAGCGCGGAGGCGGGCGAGGCGGCGAUGCUGCCCUGCACCUUCACGCACCCGCACCGCCACUACGACGGGCCGCUGACGGCCAUCUGGCGCGCGGGCGAGCCGUACGCGGGCCCGCAGGUGUUCCGGUGCACCGUGGCACGCGGCAGCGAGCUGUGCCAGACGGCGCUGAGCCUGCAGGGCCGCUUCCGCCUGCUGGGCAACCCGCGCCGCAACGACCUGUCCGUGCGCGUCGAGCGCCUCGCCCUGGCGGACAGUGGCCGCUACUUCUGCCGCGUGGAGUUUGCCGGCGACGCCCACGACCGCUAUGAGAGCCGCCACGGGGUCCGGCUGCGCGUGACGGCUGCGCCCCGGAUCAUCAACAUCUCGGUGCUGCCAGGCCCCGCGCACGUCUUCCGCGCGCUCUGCACGGCCGAGGGGGAGCCCCCGCCUACCCUCUCCUGGUCGGGCCCGGCCCUGGGCAACGGCACAGCUGCCAUGCCGGGCCAGGCUCACGGCUACCAGGUGACCGCCGAGCUGCCCGCGCUGACCCGUGAUGGCCGCUACACGUGCACGGCAGCCAAUAGCCUGGGCCACGCGGAGGCCAGCGUCUACCUGUUCCGCUUCCAUGGCGCCUCUGGAACCUCGACGCUGGCACUCCUGCUCGGGGCGCUGGGCCUCAAGGCGCUGCUGCUGCUUGGCGUUAUGGGUGCGCGCGCCACCCGCCGUCGACUAGAUCACCUGGUCACGCAGGACACCCCUCCACGAUCUCAGGCUCAAGAGUCCAAUUACGAAAAUUUGAACCAAAUGAGGCCCCCAGGCCACCAACUUCCACGUGUUUACUCUGAGGAACUCCUUGGCCAUCACCAUCCAAUCGUGCACCAUGAGAAAUGA